UUUUUAUUUUUUUGUUUUUGUUAAUUUAUUACAUGUAAUUUCCGUUCCCUACUAACUUUAUUUCUUCUUUUAAUUUAUGGGUUUUUUACUUGGUCUCCCUGUUUAUCUCAUUUCGUCCCUUCUCCAUUUUUUUGUUUUCUUUUUGUCUCUUCAUUUCUUUUGCUCUUUUUAUUCUUCCCUUCCUUCAUUUUUUCCAUUGUUUUUUAUUUCCUCUUCGUUCCUUUCGUCUUUUUCAUUCCUUUACACUACCCUUCGUUCCUUUCAUUUUUAUUCCAUUCCCACUUCAUCUUUUUCGUUCCUUUACACUAA